AGAAAGGCCAAAGAAGCUUCUUUUCUGCUUCAACAAAAACCAGACCUCUCUCCCUACCAAACAAGAACAAUUCUCUCUCUCUCCAACUCCAUAUCUCUCUAGCUCACUCUCUCAAACACUCGUUCGCCUCAAUUCCACAUUACUUUCGUUAAUUUCUCGAAAAUUUGAGAAUUUCUAUUGAUGUCUAUACCUCAAGAGCACGACUACAUAGGGCUAUCGGAGCCUCUGCAAUCGGAGAAAUUAUCCUUUAAAAUGGCAGCGGCGCCGGCGGCGGAGGCGGAGGGGGUGACUCCUUCGUUGAAUGCCGAGAAAAUUGGCGUUUUCAACCUCAAAGAGACCGAGCUGCGGCUGGGAUUGCCGGGGUCGGAGGCGCCGGAGAGGAAGGGCGGAAUCGGAAUUGGGGUUUCCCUCUUUGGGAAGGAAUUGAAGGACGAGAGCGUGUGCGUGAAAAGCUUCGUCUCCGGCGCGAAGAGGGGAUUCUCCGAUGCUAUAAAUGGCGCUGGGAAAUGGGGAUUGUCGAUUCACGGCGGAUCCGCGGCUGAUUUUGGGGGAAAAAGUGAUUCCAAUUUGAAGGAGGAGAUUCCUGCUGUGAAGGCUGUUGAGGAGAGGAAGAAUGAAGCUUCCAUCACUGCCCCUGCUUCAAAGGCACAGGUAGUAGGAUGGCCACCAAUUCGAUCUUUUCGAAAGAACACCCUAGCCACAAACACGCCCAAGAAGGACGAUGUUGCUGGGAAGUCGGGUCCGGGCUGCCUGUACGUUAAGGUCAGCAUGGAUGGCGCUCCUUACCUGAGGAAGAUCGAUCUCAAGACUUACUGCAGCUAUGCGGAGAUUUCGUCUGCCCUUGAGAAGAUGUUUAGCUGUUUCACCAUAGGACAAUGUGGGCAGGGGUUAGCAGCGAAGGAACACCUCAGCGAGAGCCACUUGAUGGAUCUCCUCCACGGCUCUGAAUACGUGCUGACUUAUGAGGAUAAGGAUGGUGAUUGGAUGCUCGUUGGUGAUGUUCCGUGGGAGAUGUUCACGGAUUCGUGCAGGAGGCUGAGGAUCAUGAAGGGCUCUGAUGCAAUCGGGUUAGCUCCAAGAACCAUGCAAAAGUCCAAGAGUCAGAAUUAGGGCAGAGAGCAAUGAGGAAAACUGAAAAUAUCGGAAUUUCUAAGGGUUUUCUAUCUUUUUUACCUCUUUAACCUUAUUGGUAGAUUUGUAGUGUGUCGUGUAAGGAAGUACUAAGACUAAAUUGGAGACCAUUCCAAAUAUUUUGCCACUAAUGUGUACCACUAGUGUCUUUUUCCAAAAUUGUAUGUAAAUUAAGUCUUCAUAAAUUUGAAGUGUUGAUCUCA